AUGGGGUUUCCACCGCCCGGCAAUUAUUUCUUCCUGGUGCCAUGGAUCGCGGUGAUCCCCUGGUGCGGCAUGCUAAUUGCCAUGCUCGUGUGCUGGUCGGUGCAGGGGCACCCGAUAUACUGGUUCAUGGACGGGGACCAGUUCCCAGUAUAUAUUAGCGACAUCGGCGCGACCAACCUGCAGCCACUGUUUGUGACGUGCGUAGCGUGGCAGGGGCUGUGGUACUGCAUCAUGGUCGCGUGCGAGUUUUUCCAGCGCUCUGGGCACUGGCCGCUGCCGUGGCUGGCGCGGCAGCGGCUGCCGGCGGACGUCGAGCCGGUCUCGAGCAGCAGCUACAUGGGGAGCGAGCUGUCUAUGCGCGUGCGGUACGCGGAGCUGCUUUCGAGCAGCCGCUUUUUGAUGCCUCCCUACUACACGAAGCACGAGCGCAACCUGAUUUUUGCAUCCUUUGUCUUAGGGUUGAUCGGCGAGCUUGCCAUUCUGAUGUGCGCGAUCUUCUCCACGGCGAAAUUCCACAAGGUGCACCUGUCAAUGGUCGGCGUAUUCGUCUCGAUGAUGUACUUCUCAAUUCUGUGCGCUGCAAUUGAGUACCUGAGCAUGGGUCGCCACUACGCACGGUUGCACCCAUUGGCCGGCUCUGCUGCCCAUGUUGGUUCCGCUUCUUCUCGGCACGGUCACGUGUGGAACAAGCUUACUGUUAGCGGGACGGUGAAAAUGGUUUGGCUAUUUCUGGCAGCUGCUUGGGCCAUAUGCUUUGGGGCUGUGAAAAACCCAUCCAUCAGUGCAUCGUUCGAGUGGGUGCUGGCAUUCUGGCUGUGCGCCUACUAUGUCAUCGUGUCGGUUGACUUCUACAUGGGCAGUAGGUACAAGGAGUCGAAGUACUUCCACCAAAUAACCAACUUCUCUGGUUAUUACAAAUAUGACCAGCUAGUGCUCGGCGAAGCGAAGCUCCAUGUGGAACGGGUCGGGCACGAUGCGGGCCAAGACUAUCGCGGAAACACCCCGGUUGAUAUUGUAACAUAA